UCCACGGACACGCGGGAGUGUUUCGCCGGCGCCGUGCCCGGCUGGAGCUCCGUGCGCUACCGGCGGUGUGCUGAGGACGCCACGCCUGCAGCUGGGAGGCGGGCCAGCGCCGGCCGACGCCACACGCAUCAUGCAGAUCCUGGCGGGGAUUGCUGGCCUGACGCGCUGGGCGGUUCUCCUCGCCUUCUUCGUCACCGUCUCAGGCGACCGGGGUCUAUCAGCGAGCGUGCGCGGCCCCCAGUACGUGCCCGCCGGAGGGGAGGCGCUCCUCACGUGCAUCGUCCACGGUCUGGGUGGCGGCACGGUGCUAUGGCGUCGCGCCGGCGCCGACGGCCGCCAUAGUCCGACCAGACUUCGGACGGCCGAGCUGCUGGCCGCCGGCCGCAGCCGAGUGACGGGGGACCCCCGUUUGCAGGUGCUGCACGGCGGCCUGCCUGAGGAAGGUGCUGCCGUUGGUAGCGACGUGUACGUACUGGUUCUCCGCAACGUUACCGUCCGGGACGAGGGUCUGUACGUCUGCGAGGUGAACAGCGAUCCGGUGGCGCGCUCUUUCCACCGGCUGCACGUGAUCUCCACCAGCCUCGCUCCUCCCCGCGUGGGGCCGGCGCCCCCCGCCAGCCCGCGCUCGGAGCACGCGUUUGGCCGCUGCUGCCACGCUCGGAAUGUCUCCUCCAGCUGUCUGCACCUCUGCACCCUGGAGGGUCUGGUGGCGGGCGGCGGUCCGGCUGAUGUGGACGCCUGCGAAGCCGACUUCGCCCGAAUUGUUGACUGCGCGGCAGACGGGAGAAACCACCUGCCGUGUUGUGAGGACCAGGGGGUGCCGGACAUGUGUACCCACAUAUGCCGAGGACAGCACUUCCUGCAGAAGGUCACCAUCAGAGACUACUUCAGCUGCCACGCCUUCGCCAACGACAUCAUCAACUGCAUCUCGCGAGGGAUCGAGACACUGCCGACGUCGCCGGACCGGCUGGAGGUCACAGCUCGCUCGCUGACUUCUUUGCGCGUCAGCUGGAUCAGCGGGCGUGGUGGCGUCAUCGCGCCGGCCGCUGAUUGGUUCGCCGUGCGCGUGACCCGUCUGCGCACCUUCGAUGGCGAACGUCUGGGGCUUCGGAAGGGAAAUGGCUCGCAGGUGGUGACGUCACAAGAGGUCGCGCUGACGUCACAAGAUGUCUCUCUGAUGUCACAGGAGGACGCGAGUGAUGACCUGACUCAGCUCUAUAACGUCAGUGGGUCCCGCCGCUCGCUGCUGGUGUCAGGACUGCGGCCUCUCACCAUGUACCAAGUCUCGGUGACCGCAUACAACGACCACGGGGGCAGCCUGCCCUCCGACCGGGUGCGGGCGGUCACUUGGCUGCCGGAGAGCCGUGCCGGGGUCGGGGCACCGCCGGCACUGCCAGAGGUCAAACAGUGCUGCCAGGAGGCCGGCGUCAGAGAGCCGAGGUGUCUGCAGAAGCUGUGUGACCCGGCCCGCACCGCCGACAUCGUCGUCACGGACAUGAUCGUGUGCUCCCCCUGGACGGGCGCCACCUUCUCCUGCCUGGCGAACGGCCGUGACCAGGGCGACUGCUGCCGCGCGCGCGGCCUACCCCCCGCCUGCAUGCCCCUGUGUACCGGUUCGGUGACCCAGCUCGACUACCGGCACUUCAAGUGUGUGCACUACAUGGAUAGCUUCGCCUCGUGCCUGAUGCAGGGGUACGGCGUGGUGCCGUCGGCCCCUCUCAGUCCCCUGGUGGCCCUCACCGACUCAGAGUUCGCUGUGCUACGCUGGGACCCGCCCAGCACUCUGGCAGACACAGUGACCAGCUACACGGUCCGCGUGCGGCCGGCGGGCGCCGACGACGCCGCCUACUCGUCCGCGACUGGAGCUCACCCACCGCACCUGCUGGACGGCCUGACGCCCGGCUCCUCGUACGAGUUCUACGUGCUGGCCAACAACGAGCACGGCCUCGGCGCCGAGAGCUCCCGAGUGCUGUUCCAGACCCUGCCGGCGGCGGUGCUGGCUGCCGAGGCGGAAGCGCAGGCGGGUCAGGUGGCUGACCUCAACGGCUGCUGCCGCCGCGCCGGGGUCAGCGGCACCUGCCUGACCCUCUGUGACCUCGGGGUCAACAUGACAACCGUCCGGCGUCUGACCGCCGUCUGUCUCUCCGAGCUGGACAAGCUGGUGCGCUGCGCCGCCGCCGGUCGGGACCACGUUGCCUGCUGCCACCGGCGCGGUGUUCCAGCCGCCUGUCUGGGGCCCUGCCGCGGACAGGCUGCGCCCGUCUCCGAGUGCGCUCCAUACCUCGGCAACACGGUCCAGUGCUUCGAAGAGGGCGCCGGCACUCUGCCGCCCCCUGUGAUUGGACUGCGCGCUAGUGACGUCACCGAUGACGCGGUCACGCUGGUCUGGGAGGCGGACGGAAACGGUGGCCAGUUCCAGGUUCGGUACGGCAGCAUUAAUGCCACCACUGGUCUUGGAGGUGACGUCACUAAACUGGACCAGGUGCAGACCGUCACCACCGGCGUGGCGCGCUUGACCAACCUGACCAAGGACCAGCUGUACGCCUUCAGCGUGGUGGCCGUGAACGAACACGGCAGCUCCCUGCCCGUGUCCGUGGUCACCCUUAACAUCGGCGGCGGCGAGGUCUCCGGUGAGGUGAAGGCUGCCAUCUCGCCGCCGCACAGUCUGAGCGCCUCUGACGUCACCGCCACCGAGAUGACCCUGACCUGGGUGCCCCCGGCCAUCGCGCCUCCUGACAGCAGAAUACGCUACCGGGUGUCGUUCCGUGGAGAAAACGCCACAGAACCUGAGAACAUCACUACAGUGAGCGUCAGCCAUCGCCUGCUGGAGCUGGUGCCCAACACUGCCUACAGUGUGGUCGUGACAGCCGUGGAUGCGGCGGGCGAGAGCGAGCCAUCGGAGACGCUGGAGGCCUGGACCUUGCCCGUCUACCCCGCCUACGUCGAGCUGCCGACCAUCCACCCGCAGGACAUGGUGACGGAGGGAGGGUCGAUGACGGUCCUCUGCAUCGCCAUGGGCUCGCCUGAGCCCACGGUGGCGCUCUACAUCAACGGCGUGCUGCUAAACCAGAACCGCACCCGUCACCUGGUGACGUCGUUGACCAACGUCACACGGCAGAUGAGCCACGUGACCUGCUAUGCGGAUAACGGCUACGGCACACCCAUCCAGACCACGCGCUACAUUAUUAUAAGCCGUCCACCCAUCGUGACGGCCGAGAGGCCAGACUACAACAGGUCGCUGGGCAGCUCUGUGACUCUGCGUUGCCGCGUGGACGCCAGUCCGGAGCCGACGCUCGUCUUCCGACGGGACUCCUUCGUCCGCAGCGUUAUCGUCAACGGGGGGAACUACAGCAUCAGCCAACGGCGGGAGGCCCAGGAGGGCCACUACACCAUGGAACUGCUGAUCCACCGGCUAACCGUCAGCGACUUCGGCGGCUAUUCUUGUCACGCCGAAAACGUGCUGGGGAAGGACGCCCAGACGCUGACGAUCAGCCAGCGGCAGGUUCCGCUGCGUCUAUAUGACCUGGGCGUGGCAGAGUGUUGCCGGCGGCUGAACGUCAGCCAGCCGUGUCAGCGCGCUUGCGCAUUUGACGUCGACCUGGACGCCGUUCUGGGUCUGCCCGGCUGCAUGCAGGAGCUCGGGAAGCUGAUGACAUGCGCGGCAGACGGGUCAGACCACAGAGACUGCUGCUCGUCACGGUCGGUGCCGGACCGCUGUCUGGACUGGUGCCGGGGACGACCGGUCCCUGACGACACCAGCUGCACCCUCGGCUACGUCAGCGAUGUCGUCGAGUGCUUCGAGCAGGGCAAAGCGGUGCUGCCAGGGCCGCCCUAUAACGUUCGUGUGGAGGCCAUCAACAGCUCCGACGUCAGAGUCCUGUGGAACCCACCCGUCAAGAACACGGACAAAGUCGAGUUGUACAGGCUGACCUGGCGCUUGCAAGGCCAGCCCACCUCCGGUCACGUGGACACGAGGAGCACCUGGUACCGGCUGAGUGGCCUGCAGCCGGGCAGCUUGUACCACGUGACGGUGAAGGCGGCCAACCACUACGGCAGCAGUCUGCAGUCCCGAAUGCUGAACUUCACCGCCGGCCUGGACGAAGUGUCGGCGCCUAGCCCCGGAGGGUCGGAGCUGGGCUCGGGCACGGUGCUGGCCGUGGCGCUGGUGUUGCUGCUGCUGGUGCUGGUGGCGCUGGUGUUGGCCGGCGUCUGGAUGGUGCGCCGGCAGCGGCAGAACGCCAGCUCCGUCGACAGACUGAGCUUCGCCAACCCGAGCUACCAGCGGGAGAGCAGGCCAGUGGCGGAGAACAACGGCACGGAUCACCUCGAAAUAACCACGAGCACCACGACAAAUGGCGUCAUCGGCAACGCCCACGACGGCGUCCGCGACACUUCUACCUCAGACGGCUGGCGCCAGGCGGCGCUGCAGGCACCCGCUGCCAUCAGCCUAGAUCAGCUGCGGCACGGAAUCGGUGCAAGGUCGCGGGAGAAUGGCUUCCAACGGUUCGAAAACGAGCAAUGAGCAUCUCGCUAUCUGAUAAAGUGAACGGUGAUCAGUGAAUCAGUGACCAGUGAUCUGUAUGGAACAGCGAACACUGAUAAGUCUCGAAAAGUCAACGGCGAGCGGUCUGGGAGUGUGAACAGUGAUCAGUGUGGGAAAGGGAAUGAUCAACGGGAUGGCGAAGUGAGAAGUGACAGCUGAUCAGCUGGUGGCCGUGUGAAAUGAGUGGUGGUCAUCCCCGCUAGGUGAACAGCUAUGGUCACAUGGCGCCUGCCAUUGUUGAUUCGCUUAUUCAGCCAUUUAAAACAAAAUGCACACUUGACUAUUCUGAGGCUAAGUAAAAUCGAUAAGGGUUACUGCAGUCGCAUCGUUGAUAUUAUGAAGAUUUGCCAUUAGCGCAAAUUUUGUGGCACUGGCGAAAACAGGUAUGUUCGUUCGCUGCUUUCGUUGGCUGCGGGCACUAUCCUUAUGGCCUCAUUCCAGGGUUGGGGUGUUGAACUGCGAAUGCGUCUGUUUGACAGGACGAAUGCAUCAGCUGGCGGAGUUGAUGCAGCGUUUGUACCGGCCGCCGGGGCUAGCGUUUGUAAGGUCCAUUGCUUACAGUGCAAUGCCCUUGCGUACGUUCCUAUUGCUUAGUAUAUAGCAUACAACUAUGAUGGCAGCAGUGUCUGAAAAUACCACCAGAUGUUAUGCUUGCAGACCACUGUCGACCUUGUUAGGCGUGCUAUGAGGAAGUAGCGGCUUGAGCUCCUUUUUUCUCGGUAUUAAGAGUUCAGGGCUUUAUGCUGACAGUCGAAUACUGUUAAUAUGCCAGGAGGCACUCAGCAAACGACGUUAUCAAGUGAACGCUGGCUAUGUUGUGGGGACAUACAGUGAUCGGACCUGACACUAUAACCAUUGUUUGAGCGACAACUUUGUUUGAAACCCACGUCACAGUAUGUUCGAGGUCGACAACUGUCUGCAUAAGAAUGUGGAGGUCAUAGCACUUUCCUGGGUCUUAUGAGCAGCUACCUGACUGCUCGCGUCAGAUGAGGAUGCAUUUGAUCACAAGAUGCUUCAGGGUGAGUGUUAAUUCAGACUCUCCCGCUGUGAGCGCUUCUUUCCGCGUUAUCAGCGGAUUUAUGACGUCAAUACGUGUGCGUCCAAAUACCAUUUUUACAUGGACUGGUGUCGGUAAUGACAGCGGAUGUACGCCGUGAAUACACGAAAGCUGCAAUGAGAGUGACUUCGGACGGUGCACACCAGCAGCCGUCUCGCGUCCCGCCGUCAGUCCUGCCACGUUCUGGCAUGUCCUGUCACGUCCUGUCACUGUCUUGUCACGUUCUGUCAUGUCCUGCCACGUUCUGUCAUGUCCUGUCACGUCCUGUUACUGUCUUGUCACGU